CUCUCUCUCUCUCUCUCUCUCACACACACACACACACACACACGCUGAUCCGCGCGCUGCUUUAUAAACUGACCGUCGCGCGCUCCGCCAUUACAGAAACGGAGGCACGCGGAUGAGGAUGAUGGUGAUGAUGGUGAGGAUGAUGAGGAUGAUGAAGAUGGUGAGGAUGAACACAGUGGCGGUUUUUCUUUUCCUCUCCAUCACAACUGCACUUUUACACCAAACACAGGCCUUUCCUACCCCUCCUGCAUCACAAGAUAAAGCAGAGUACGACAGGCAGCUAACAGAGGAGAGACCACUACAGCAGCAGAUUGCAGAAGCUGACAGUGAAAGUAAGACAGAUUAUAUUCUUUCAGAGCCGAAGCCCACACAGUCCAGUCCAGACGAUGAUGACAUCACACUGCUGAAGUCUCUGGCCGAGAAGUCCAGAGAGCUGAACAAUGAAACACCAAAAUCAGACUCGACAGACGAUCACUACACACACGACGAGACCGAUUCCACCAAGAACAGGAGGCUAGCAGACGACUACGACACCACCAAGAACGGCAUCGACAACAAAUACCAAGACGAUCCAGAGAGCUUGCACCAGCUGGAUGGAACUCCGCUCACAGCCGAGGAUAUCGUCCAGAAAAUCGCCAAUAAAAUCUACGAAGAGGACGACCGUGGAGUCUUCGACAGAAUCGUCUCCAAACUCCUCAAACUUGGACUGAUCACUGAAAGUCAAGCUGACACUCUGGAGGUAGAAGUUGCUGAAGCUCUGCAGGAUCUGAUCACCAAAAAUGCCAAGAACAACGAGAUCCAGGAGCUGAACGACAACAGCAGGGAUGAGGAGGAUCGUCCCAGUCGUCGGUUUGAUGAUGACGAUGAUGAUGAUGAUGUUAAUGAUGGUGAUGUUGCUGGUGAUGAUGAUGAUGAUGGUGAUGGUGAUGAUGAAGAGCAGGAGGAGGAGAUCAGAGAUGCUGAUGGAAACUGGGAUGGAGUGAGUGAAGGAAACGACAGGAACGAAGUGAACCCUGAGGAUGAACUGCAGGACCUGCAAUAUUUCCCCAACUUCUACAGACUGCUGAAGAGCCUGGACUCAGAGCAAGACGCUGAAGAAAGAGAGACUCUCAUCACCAUCAUGAAGACACUCAUUGACUUUGUUAAGAUGAUGGUGAAAUACGGCACCAUCACACCUGAGGAGGGCGUGUCCUACCUGGAGAAUCUGGACAACAUGAUCGCCACCCAAACCAAGAACAAGCUCGGGAAAGCGCUGGGUCCCGUCAGCAUCACGCCCCCUACAGCGACAGACGAGGACGACAACACGAAAGAGGAAACCGCCAAAAUGCUGAGGGAAUACGAGAACCUGAAGGACUCAACCAAGGACGAGAGAACGCCAGCGGAGAACGGUCACGCAGGAAAGUCGGAGUCGUAUCUGGAGGCGAUCAGGAAGAACAUCGAGUGGCUCAAAACGCACAAUAAGGAGGAGAACAAAGAAGAUUACGAUCUGUCCAAGCUGAGGGACUUCAUGGACCAGCAGGUGGACACGUACAUCGAGAAGGGAAUCCUGAAGAAGGACGAAGGUGACGUCAUUAAAAGGAUCUACGGAAGCCUGUAGGACACGGCGUAUUUAUUGCGUAAUCAGUUACAGUAAUAAUUUAUUAAACGGUACUGACGAAAUUAGUCCGAUGUAUUACGUCAUACAGUAGCUUUCCAAAUUAAACAAAAAAAAAAAAGCUAAACAUUUUAUUAACGGUAAAUAAAUAUAUCAGAACGCAAUACGCACUCAACGCAAAAUAAUUAGCAAUAGACGAUUAGGCCUGUAAGGAUAAAAUACGCGUAAGAUACAAUAAUCUGAAGUGUAAGAUAUUUACGGUUUAUCGUUAGAUCUUAAGAAGCAAAUUUCAGACUGACUUUUACACACUUUCACGCUUUAGCUUUUUACGCACCAUUUAUUUUUUCUUUUCUUUUCGUAAACAACCUUUUUGUAUUUAUGUUACAUUACGUGGCUGUACGGCGGCUUGAAAUUAAUUAUUAUUUAUAUAUUAAUUAUCGUACGUCCCGUAUUCCGUAUUCCCGUAUUCCCGUAUAACGUUCCUGGUUAUAUAAUGGAAGAAACUAUAUGAUAUAUUCACGAUAAGUGAAAAUAUUAACGAAGAUUAGCUAGCUAGUUAAACAUACGAAUGUUAGCAAUGGACUUGUGGUAGUUUUAGCUUAAGAUACCUUCUAUAUAAUGUUAUUUAUUCGUAAGUUAGUUUUGCAGCUUUCUAUACGAACAUUAGCUAUAAAGCUAGCUUGUUUACUGUAACUGAAUCUAAAAUUCCUAACAAAUACACAUAAUAAUAUUGAGCUAUCCUUUUUUUCACAUUAGACCGAUUUUUUUUUUGCACAUUUGUCAGGGGUUUUUAAUGGUAGAUAAUGCUCUGGCAGUUGUGACAGUAGCUUCCUAGCUAACAUGUUACCAUAGAAACCUGUAAAAAUGUAACUUAUGAAUAAAGAUGUGUCAUAAAGAAGUAUUUUACAAACAUAAAACUACCAGAAGGGCACUGCUAACAUUAGCUACUUGCCUAGCUAGCUAGCUUCAUGGCUCAAAAUUGAAAUUAUUUACAAAGCUUCAUGUCAUGUGGAACUUUUAGAUCAGGAAGUCAUAUUUAUUAUAAUUCUAUAAUAAAUAAGUCAACCCAAGCCAGAUAAACUAAUAUUGCUAACCUUAGCUAACUUAGCUAGCCAGUUAACUAACUGCUAAUAAGCUAGGAUUUAUUUUUUUUGGUAUCUUGAGCUACAUCCUCAAUUUCUUUCUGAUUAAUUUAACAGCAGUUAAAUUGUUAUAAAUAUAACGUUACCAUGACGACCACGCUAAUGCUCAUCAUUAACAUUAGCUCAGUUUGCUAGCUGACUAUCUAUGACACAGCUAUCAUGUAGUCAUCCUUGGUGACGUUGUUGUUGAUCAUAAUUCCGAAGUACACGUAAGAGGACAAACACUAAGCUAGACGACGCCACCAGGGGGAGCUGAAGUGCUGUUUUACAGGAACUUAAAACACGACAAUGCUUUUUUUUGUUUUUUUUUAAAUGACUCCUACACCAGGAAAUACGGUAUUAUCUGUAUUAGCAUUACUAGCGUUUUAUCUGCAUUUGAUUUCAACGUUUAACAAACUAACUACGAUAAUUUGGCGAUUUUCUCUCCGACUCUGAACGAUUUGUGUUCCUGUUUCUUGAUUUUCUUUCUCUUGCUUGUGGAAUAUCUAACCAAGUCUAACACAAUCGAGUAUUUUUCAAUGUAAAUAUUGUGAUUUCUUCUCCUUUUUUUUUCCAGAAUUGCGAAUAAACGUUGCAUUUCUUUAACGA